CAUUGGCGGCCUCCCGUGAGGCCAUCUCGGCUCAGGGUAGCGCGGUCCCGGCCCCAUCCCGGCCCCGCUCUCGACAGCACCGGUGACGAUGGCAGCGGACGGGGUGGUGCGGCGGCGCGGCGGUCCGUGGCGCACGGAGGCAGCCACGGCGCUGCCCGCCUGGCGUCUGCGCUGCGAGGGCGGCCGGCAGCGCUGGUGCUACCUGGAUGACGGCGGCGAGGACGAGGCGGCGACCGGAGGGCGGCGGGCGCAGACGGAGCUGGAGGCUCACAGCCUCGGCCUGGACACGGACGCGCUGCUGCGAACGCUACCGGCCGCCGGAACGGCGCGGGAGGCCGCCCGCAACGGCAUGCGAUUCUACGCCAUGCUGCAAGCCGAGGACGGUCACUGGGCCGGCGAUUAUGGAGGGCCGCUUUUCCUGCUGCCAGGGCUGCUCAUCGUCUGUCACACCGCCCGCAUCCCGCUGCCCGACGGCUUCCGCAGGGAGAUGGUGCGCUACCUGCGCUCCGUGCAGCUCCCGGACGGCGGCUGGGGUCUGCACGUGGAAGACAAAUCGACGGUGUUUGGCACGGCUCUCAACUACGUAGCCCUGAGGAUCCUGGGGCUUGGCCCAGAUGACCCCGACAUUGUGCGGGCCCGCGUCAACCUGCACAGCAAAGGAGGUGCUGUGGGGAUCCCAUCUUGGGGGAAGUUUUGGCUGGCUGUCCUAAACGUCUACAGCUGGGAGGGGAUGAACACGCUGCUCCCGGAGAUGUGGCUGCUUCCUACGUGGUUCCCAGCCCAUCCGUCCAAGCUCUGGUGCCACUGCCGCCAGGUCUACCUCCCCAUGAGCUAUUGUUAUGCCAAGCGUCUGUCAGCAGAAGAGGAUGAACUCAUUCGGAGCUUGCAGCAGGAGCUGUACGUGCAAGACUAUGCCAGCAUCGACUGGCCAGCCCAGAGGAACAACGUGGCUGCCUGUGAUAUCUACACCCCUCAUAGCUGGCUACUGGGAAUCGCCUAUGCCGUCAUGAAUGUGUAUGAAGCCCACCAUAGCACCUACCUGCGGCAGCGAGCCAUCACGGAGCUGUAUGACCACAUCAAAGCUGAUGACAGAUUCACCAAGUGUAUCAGCAUUGGUCCGAUUUCCAAGACCAUCAACAUGUUGGUUCGCUGGUUUGUGGAUGGGGAGAAUUCACCAGCUUUUCAGGAGCAUGUUUCCAGGAUCCCUGACUAUCUCUGGCUGGGCCUUGAUGGCAUGAAGAUGCAGGGUACAAAUGGAUCCCAGCUCUGGGACACUGCCUUUGCCAUCCAGGCCUUCCUGGAGGCAGAAGCCCAGAAGAUACCUGAGUUCAAGUCCUGCCUUCAGAACGCCCAUGAGUUUCUUAGGUUCACCCAGAUCCCAGAGAACCCACCUGACUACCAGAAAUAUUACCGCCAUAUGAACAAGGGUGGCUUUCCCUUCAGCACACGGGACUGUGGCUGGAUUGUGGCAGACUGCACAGCGGAGGGACUGAAGUCGAUUAUGCUGCUGCAGGAGAAGUGUCCCUUCAUAGCCAACCCUGUCCCAGCUGAACGCCUCUUUGAUGCUGUGAAUGUGUUACUGAGCAUGAGGAAUUCAGAUGGAGGCUUUGCCACAUAUGAAACCAAGAGAGGAGGCCAUUUGCUGGAGCUGCUGAACCCCUCGGAAGUGUUUGGUGACAUCAUGAUUGACUACACCUAUGUGGAAUGCACAUCAGCUGUCAUGCAGGCACUGAGACACUUCCAAAAUGUGUAUCCUGAGCACAGAGCCCCAGAGAUCAGAGAGACUCUGCAAAAGGGCCUGGACUUCUGUCGCAAGAAGCAACGAGCUGAUGGGUCAUGGGAAGGGAGCUGGGGAGUUUGCUUCACAUAUGGAACCUGGUUUGGUCUGGAGGCAUUUGCCAGUAUGCAGCAUGUGUACCAUGAUGGGGUGGCAUGCAGAGAAGUGGCCCGAGCCUGCCAGUUCCUGCUCUCCAAGCAGAUGAUGGAUGGUGGAUGGGGAGAGGACUUUGAGUCGUGUGAGCAGCGCACAUAUGUGCAGAGUUCCUCCUCACAGAUCCACAACACCUGUUGGGCCCUGCUGGGGCUCAUGGCUGUCAGGUACCCUGACACUGGUGUGCUGGAAAGGGGCAUCAAACUGUUGAUUGAUAAGCAGCUGCCCAACGGUGACUGGCCUCAGGAGAACAUUGCUGGAGUGUUCAACAAAUCAUGUGCCAUCAGUUACACUGCCUACCGCAAUGUCUUCCCCAUCUGGACACUCGGACGUUUCUCUCGGCUGCAUCCCAACAGCCCUCUUGCUGAGCACCUGCAAUCCGGACCCUUGGCUGGGGUGGGGAAGACUCCAAAGACAGGAUUGUCUGAUUGAACCCAUGCCAUGGCUGUGACUUGCCUUAGGUGUCAUAUGCUGCAUGGGGGCACAGGGGGACUUCCUGCACAGGAUCUCAGUGCUGAUCUCAACUGCCUUUGCCAGGGAGGAGAGUGCUGCUGUGGUGCCACAGAAACUCAGCUUUCUGUUGACUCUCUUCUAAGAAUCCGCUUUUAAAGGCUCUUGCCAACUGUAUCUACCUUCAAGGGAUAUGCAGUAAAGUGCCUUUUUGAAUCAGUCUGAUGAUCUUCAGAGAGAAAACUGCCGAGCUGUGUCGUAUCAUACAUCUAGACAGACUGUCUCUGAUUCUCGGUAGAACAAGGAUGAUUUAAUCUUCUUCUUGUGCUGUCCUGCACCCCACAGCUGGCUGGCUGUAGCAGGAGUGUAGGAUGUGGUGGGGCUUCCCCUGUGCCCAGCACUGUGAUGGAGCGCACUGCACAGUUCACAGUUCAUCCUGAACUAGCCUGCACUGGGAGUGCCAACAAAAACCUUUGAAGUGCUCUCUGCUCAGGAGGCUGUGCUGAGAGGGAGGGGCAUCUGUCCUCCCGAAGAUGGGAAGGAGUGCUUCACUCAGUUUUCUUUCCGUUCUGUCCCCCAGCUGGUGGCAUCUGGCUUCCCAGAGCUGCACAGGUCAAAUCAUUAGCAUCAUUCCCACUGGGAAAAAGGGGAAACUGAAGCAGAAAGCACUGAGGUGAUUGGUGUUAGGGCAGUCUCCUAGGGUUCUAGGUGCGGGUAUCAGAGGUGGAAGUCAUGUCAACUGAUGAGUUAAUAAAUGGCUAAUGGUGUUACAAGUGGAUCCUGGUUUCCCCAUCGCCUUCCCCCAGCAUACAUCACACACAGUAGCAAGCUGGCACAGAAAAAGAAAAUCCCUGUGCUGCAUACAGAUGCAGGAGAUUUCUCUGGAAGCUCCAGGACCCUGGGUUUCUUCUGGGUUUGCUCACAGCAUCCUGAGAUGAGGACCAGGCCAACACAAGCACUGCUUGGAGCUGGGCUCCUCCUAGAAAUGGAGGCUGCAUAAAGGCAGUAUCCCAUCAUAGGUUUAGAGAAAAAGCUGCACGUAGAAGCAAAACAACAUAAGGAUAUUCACUACUUUGCACAACAGGCAGAUUUAUAGCUGCUUCUAGGAAAGAAAGGAUUGGUCACAUAUAACAGUUAUUUCUGAAGACAAACACCUUAAUGCCUGACUUCUCCCCUUCCUCCUUCUUAGUCCAAGAUUUGAUUGCUGAACGCAUCAUCAUGUAGUAGGGAAUAUCCCUUUUGUCAGUCCGAAGUAACUGUCCUGGCUGUGUCCCCUCCAAAACUGUUGCUCACCCUGAGCCUGCUUGCUAGAAGAGCAAUGAGAAAAACAGAGAAGACCUUGAUAUUGUGGUAGCACUGCUCAGCAAUAGCUAAAACCUCAGUGUGCUCAAUAUUUUUGUCACCAACCCGCCAGAUAGCUUGAUAGUGGCUUUUAUAUAGAACUAACUGCUUACCAGCCAAAAGCAGCACAGGAUUUGAAUACUGUCUCCCAGAAGAUCCUCAUAAAGAUGCCCUUGCUGGAUGGUGUGGCGGUCACUGAGGAGAUGUGCCAGCUGCGUCGGAAAGGAACCUGGUGCCAAUGUCCCUUUGGGUCACUGUGUUCAGCAAGAUGGAGAAUAGGGAUAGGUAAUCUUUCCUGUUAUGCACUGUCUGCCCUGAGUUGAGGACAUUACCAGAAAACCUCCUGACCUGGUUUGUCCCUCUUAUUAUUAUUCUUUACUGAUAGUUCAGGCUGGCAGUGAUAAAAUUGCUGAGAGAAGCUUUAGGGCAAACAAUAACUUCAGAGGACUGAGACGGUUAGUAGAUAGAGCAGGCAUACAGAUGUGUUUUCCUUUGUCCCUUCAGUAACUGGGGGUGAUACCUGGCCAGAAAAAAUCCAUCUGAGAAAUACAUGGCUGAGAGACUGGUGCCAUGGCAAGAAUUUUUCUUGACCAUGGGGCAGUUCAUUUCACACCUGGCGUGAUGGCUGCAGAUGGAGUCCUUGUGCUGGGGGACUCCAACCACUCUGACAUCUGCUGAAGUAGCACGGUAAGCUGUAGGCAGUCCAGAAGGUUCCUGAAAUGCAUCAAGGAUAACUUCCUGAGCCAGGUAAUAGACAGCCCCAGUGCAGGGGGGAUGCAAUGCUGGACCUGUUGCGCACCAAUGUGAGUGAACUGAUUGUGGUGGCAUCAGGAUUGGAGGCUGCCUGGGCUGUAGUGACCAUGAGAUGGAAGAGUUCACAUUUCUGAGGGAUAUGGGACAAAGAGUAAAAUCAGAAAGCUUAAUUUUAGGAAAGCCAAAUUCCAGCUCUUUAGAGAGUUGGUCAACAAAACCCCCUGGGAAUCUGACCUUAAAGACAAGGGAGCGGAGCAGAGCUGGCAGGUCUUUAAGGAAGCUUUCCUUAGGGCACAAGAGCUCUCCAUACCCAGGUAUAGAAAGUCAGGAAAGGAAAGCAAGAUACCAGCACAGCUGAACUGGGACCUGCUGGUCAAAUGGGGGAACAAGAAAAUGCACAUGUGGUGGAAGCAGGGACAAGUAAUCUGGGAGGGAUAUAGGGAUGCUGCAAGGCUGUAUAGGGAUGGGGUCAGGAAAGCCAAAGCCGAAUUGGAACGGGACUCUGCAAGGGGCACAAAGAAGAGUAAGAGAGCCUUCUUUUGCUUCCACACAGACUUUGCUUAUUUCACUGUUGUUUGUUUUUACCUUUCAU